ACAGGAAACGGCUCCGAAAUAAAAACUCUCCGAUAUUGAUCGAAAUGCUCUAAAUCUGAUCCAAUUUUUCCGCCAGUUUGGGCUUGUUUGAAGAGACAUGGCUAAAGUAGACGAAUCUGACAGACCUUCUGUUCGUCAAGUCUGUCAGGACUUCAGGGUGCGUGAAGAUGGAGCACUGGCACAGCGAUUGCAAGAUGAAGAAUUUGGGCACCAUUACAUUAGAAACCGCAAUGAAAGAAAAACAGUACGUGAGGAUGUCAAGGCUGCCAAGAUAACAUACUUGGAAGAAGUCAAAAAUGCUCAGCUCCUUCCUGAUGAAGAUGUCCAAAACAUGGAACAGCCAGAGCAAUGGCUAACCAGAGACCUCCAGCAAAAGUUACAACAAGAAGAAAUUAACCUUGAAAGGAGAAAACGGGAUGAAGAAACAAGGGACGAGGAAAUUGCCCGGAAGCUACAAGAGAAAGAAGCAAUGAAGCUGGAGCGGGCAAGGCAGAAAAGAAUAGAGCGACAACUAAGAGAGGAAAGAGAGCAGAAAAUGCUUCAAGAAGCUAUCUCAGGGCUACAUGAACACACUGAAAAUCAUGUGAAUCACCAUGAGCAAGCUGAAAUGCAAAGAGCACCUGCUCCAGUAAGCUCUAGAAAUGGCCGAGCUUCUCCAGAUAGAGAGGACACUAAGCCUCGUCACAGUCAUGCAAGCAGGAGUAACAGUGGCAGCAGGGAGCCGGAAAACAGGUUCAACUUAGGUGAAGGAGCUGUGGUUCAACUACCACCCAGGGAACCCAAGGAGCCCAAGGAACCCAGGGAACUCAGGGAGGGAGGAAGAUUGGAGUGCGAUAGGAUCAUCAUGGCUGAUGGAACAGCAAUUGACUUGUUUGAUGAAAAUGAUGAUAAAGGUGUACGCGAGAAGGCACAUAAGAGAUCACGUGAGAGACAAGAUGAGGAAUUUGCAAGGAAGUUACAAGAGGAAGAAAACAAGUUGUUAGAACAGGAUCGUCAGGCUGAGCAUGACAGAAAGAUAGCCUUGGAAUAUCAGGACAGGGAAUUUGCAAAGGAGUUGCAGAGGAGAGAGUACAUCAGAUUACAAAAGCUCAAGAGAGAGAGACAGUUAAGACGAGCGCAGACAGUUCCCGCUGAAAGUACCUCUGGAAGUACCGGAGAGCUGCAGUCGCAUCAGAGACUUCCCUCGUAUGAGGAAGCAGUCCACAGAAACCAAAUUCCCGAUCUGCUGCAGGAUGAGCCGUCUUUUAGAACAGAGCAGGACCAGCAAAGAGAUGACUUCGCACAUCGCAAAUACAGCAGCCCUGAGAGGUUAGCUACCUCGCAGCACAAUGGUUCAUUUGAACGAGAGAAAGAAGGCCCGCAAAGGCUGUCACGGACCAGUUCUAACUCUCCGACGAACAUGCUCCUUGACAGAGAACAAAUGCGAUUGUCAGAUUCUCCCAACUCCUCACCGCACUCCUCACUCGAAAGAUCUGCCGAAUAUGUCAGGCAACACUCGCUCAGGUCAUCCACAAGCUCCACGCAUUCUUCGUCUCAUGUCCAGGCAGUCCAGUCCCCCACCUCUCCAGAUACUCGAGAAGGGGUCUGGGAACGUCUCUACGAGGAAGGAGACGAGAUUCCGAAUAAUACGCGGCAUCAGAGAGGUCUGGAACGGCGGUCCACCGUAGCCAGCUCUGAACCGUCCAGUCAUGAGUUACUGAGUAACGGCCACUUCCUGAAUGGGACCGACUGCAACAUCGCUGAAUUAAUAGAUCCGACCUUCGGUAGGAAGCCGCAGAACAGCAGCCCCGAAGAAAGCCCAACCCCCACCCUUACGGAGGCUGAAUCGAAACCUAAGGCUGUGCCGCUGAUACAACCACAUCGCAGGCGCAGCUCAGAUAAGAAGAAAAGGGAGAAAGAAAAGGAGUGUAAACAACAGUGAAAAGGCGUUCAUGAACUGAGUCGUCACUGUAAAUAGGAUGUGGUUUCUGUUAAGAUAUCGCCCUCUUAGGGUUGCUUACCUGUGUUACUCCGCAAUUAAUUCGUCUUGAUGACUUCCCAAAACAAAUUUGCUGGAAAACGGAAAAGUGCCUUGCAGAAAUUAGACAACAUGAUGGCCACAUCAAUCAAGAGAUAUUGAAGCUUCUAAUCCAUCAAAUAUUUUCGCUUGCGCGCGAUUGGUCUAAACGCGUCACGUGACUCAAUAUCCCCCAGCUAA